GAACUUAGACCUUCAAGAUGAACAACCAUAUAUUCAUGUCUACACAGCUGCCACCGGAGUAUCGCCAUGGAGAAAAACUCUUCGUGCUCACACGCGAUGUAUGCGCCCCCUUUUCGCGCGCCUUCGAUGUCCUGCCGAACGAAUUGGAUCCCGAGGGACAGAUGGCUAGAUCUGUUCAGGCCGCAAUGUGGCCAGUCGCCGUCUAUCUUGACCAUAUCACCGAGAUGUGGGGUGCCCUCCACAGCGCGUACUUGGGAAUUCGCGACGCCAUAAUAUCAUCGGAGCAGGAGGCACUUAAAUUCCCCCUCGCUGACUUGACCGCGCAUCAUCGCUCAGUAAUUGAUCAUCUAGACGAGGUCAUAUCAAGCGGGUCGACCCUUGCGGACAGUCUCUUCGAUCUCGAGCGCGAGAUUGUCGCCUUUUUCUCCGACCCCCCAGGCAUUCGAUCUCUCAUCAACCGCUACCGGCAAGAACUGGUAGGCUCCACCUUGCUAGAAAGCAGAAAAGACCGCGCGCUUGCCGAACUCCCGCCCCUACUCGCCAGCGCACGUAGCAAUCUACAAGCGGCAACGUCAGAUGCAAUCCAGUUCAGAAUAGAUAUCGAGCAGGCAGUUCAACGCUUCUCCCCUCGGCACCUCGCUGAGAUACGCUACCAACCCCCUCCUGUUCGCAAGCGGGUGGGUGCCAUGGUGGCGGCGAUUGCAAUAAUAUUCAGCAAAUACAAGUGGACCACGAUGCCAGCUCGGUUGACGCUUUACUCCGCCUCAGGCAAGGAGCACUUGCAGUGGUCUCGAUAAUUAAUGCCUUCGUCUUUCAGUAAGAGGACAUAACGUCACUUGUUCCUCAUAGUGUACAUCAUAUGCAUCCAGACAAUGCAGCAAGCCUCAAUGCAUAUGCCCAAUCUUCCUGCG